UAUUGGCGUAGUUUAGCCCCCCCGGAAUCAUUCAAAUGAAUCUAUAAGUUCAACUUGGAGAUGUUAAAAAAGUCCAGGAUGCAGCCGGGGAUUGACUUCUACGUCCCAAACAGGUUUAGCGUUAUCCAGUCUCGCCUAAACAAAUCUGUAUCAUUUUUUUUUUUUCAGCUUUCACUUUUUUUCAGUCGCAACUCUCAUAUCUACCUAAUAUCUAUAGACAAGCUCUAGAUAUUAUAUACGAAUUGAAGCUGACACGGGAUGGCUACUGCUGAGAUUGUACACCUGUCUCUUCCCGCCCUCCCAGAGGGCUGGAGUGCAGAGAAAGACUUCAAAGUCAUCGGCUCGCUCUCUAGCGCUACGCAGCGCAAUGUCGAGCCUGUUGGACCGCACUUUUUGGCUCAUGCCCGAAGAAAGCGCCACCACCGGACGUUCUCUGAGGAUGACAGAAUCCAGGCCCAGGAAAAUGUGAAGAAGAUUGAGGAAGAGGAAGUUGACGAAAUCAGUGAACCCGAGGAUCCUAUUAUGCUUCAGCGGGACGCCAAGGAUUGGAAGGGCCAAGAUCACUAUGCUGUCCUCGGGUUGAGCAAACACCGAUACCGUGCCACAGACGAGCAAAUUAAACGCGCUCACCGCAAGAAGGUCCUCCGUCAUCAUCCGGAUAAGAAGGCCGCGUCAGGCAACGCCGACGAGAACGACAGUUUCUUUAAGUGUAUUCAGAAGGCUACCGAAAUUCUGCUUGACCCUGUCAAACGCCGUCAAUUCGAUUCCGUCGACGAACUUGCCAAUGUACCCCCACCCGGCAAAAAGAAGGGCAAUUUCUUCAAGCUCUGGUCUCCUGUCUUCGAAUCAGAGGGCAGAUUCUCCAAGACCCAACCAGUCCCUAAACUUGGCGAUGAAAACAGCACAAAGGAAGAGGUCGAAGAAUUCUAUAACUUCUGGUACAACUUCGACAGCUGGAGAUCAUUCGAAUAUGAAGAUGAGGACGUCCCCGAUGACAACGAGAACCGCGACCACAAACGCCACAUCGAGCGCAAGAACGCCAAUGCCCGCCGGAAGAAGAAGACGGAGGACACUGCCCGUCUGCGCAGACUUGUAGACGACGCUCUUGCUGCUGAUGAGCGAAUUAAGAAGUUCCGUAAGGCGGAGCGUGCCCACAAGGACAAGCGCAGGCUCGAGAAGGAGGCCGAAGCGAAGCGCCUAGCUGAGGAGAAGGAGAAGGCCCGCCUGGAGGAGGAGCAGCGGAAGAAGGAAGCAGAGGAGGCUGCCAAGGCUGAGAAGCUAGAAGGCAAGAAGGCCAGGGAGGCUGAGAAGAACGCUGCGAAGAAAAAUAAGCGGGUGCUUAAAGGCAGCGUUAAGGAUGUGAAUUAUUUUGCUGAGGGAGGGGAUGCCACUGCGGCGCAAGUGGAUGGUGUGCUGAAUGAUGUUGACCUAAUUAUUAGCAAGAUUAGCAACGGGGAACUUGCUGCGCUUGCUUCGAAGCUUGCGGCUGCCGGCAAGGAUGCGGCUUCUGUCAAGUCCACUUACGGUGAAGUUGUGAAGGGGCUUAUUGGCGCUGGGAAGCUGAAAGAGGGGGAGACAAGAUUUUUGACUGUCUAAAAAUUUUAUCUAGAAAGAGGUUUUAUCUUUUAUGACCAGUUUCUAAUUUAUAUAUAUUCAAGGUCUAUCCUAUUAUUUUUUCCGCCUUCGAUCGGUUCAUUGAGCGUGUUUCUAGUUCGCAAAGCAAAACAAAAGUAGAUUUCACUCGAUGA